CCUGGCCCUGCCUUGCUUAGGCAUUGUUUUGAUCGGAGUUAAUGCAAGAAGACCUGUGAGAUCGACCGCAAAGGCCGGCCGAGCCCCAAGCACCGCACACGGACUCAAUUGCAUUGGACGGAUACCUGAUUCGUGUCGCAUGUUAUUGCCAGUCAGUGAGUGGGUGGAUCGAAGUCAUCACUCAGCAUCGUGAGGUUGAGAACGAAAAUGAGCGCUUCACCCGUGGCCCGCAUCGAACAGCUCGACCAAAUCGAGAAGGACGUGAUUGCCAUUCUGCAGAGCGCCGGACAAGUGCUCCAAGAAAUCUCCAAAGAUCGCCCCAGUCAAAAGCAAUCCGACCAGAUGUGCCAACAGGUCAUGCAGAACAUCAAGAGUGUGGACACCAAGCUGUCUGAGCAGAUCCGAUACCUCACCCAGGUGUCCACAGGUCACCCACAUGAAGGCAGUUCGUAUCCCAGCCAAAAAAUCCUCCAGACGGCCUGGCAUCGACUGGAACACGCUCGAAGUCGCGUCUCGGAACUGGAGCGCAUACGUGGCCAGGCCACCCCCAUCCUGAAUGCUUCCGCCGCGUCCUCGUCCAGCUCGGCCGGGUCAACGGGGCCCACCUCCACGUACAACAACGCGGCCCAAUCUUCCGCCUCCUCGUCUUCAACCUACUCUACCGUUUCAAACUCAGCCCCUAGACCGGCCACUUCGACCUCGUCCUGAUCUAGGUCCGUCAAUGUCCUUGGAAUAAAUCUCCGAAAUGACAUGAUGGCUGGCUGGCUGGCCAGCCCGUGAACGAG